CGCUCGAUGUUCCGCUGUCCGAGGCUUAGCGGGUAGCAGCUGACUUAGCGCUCGCUUGGGAAAAGUUGCAUUUGUGUUGUUUUAAACUGUCAUUCUUAUGUUGUUAUGUAUAACUGCUCUUCGUGUGUGAAUAUGGCUUGAACGAAUACCGUGGCAUCGAAGUGAGAAAAAAAAAUAAUCGACAGUGACGAUUCCUACUUUUAACAAUGUUAUUCAUCCCAUACCAAGGGAUGGCAGUGAUCUUGCUCGCCCUCGUGGGGUCGGCAGCGUCCCCAACUCAAGGAUCUCCGCCACCCGAGUUGCAGCGUCCUUCAGCAGGGUCCUUCAGCGCCUCCGCCUCCCUGAACGGCCAAGGGCGCCAGCGCAGAGGAGCCUUGCAUCCACACACGUUCCUUACGACACCAGAACUGAUCCAGGCGCGAGGCUACCCGUCCGAGGUGCAUCACGUGAUUUCUCCCGACGGCUACAUUCUGCAGAUGCACCGGAUUCCCUGCGGUCGACGGCACCUCGUCAAUGGAGGUCGUUGCGACACGGGCGGGCGUCGGCGGGUCGUGUUCAUUCAGCAUUGCUUGCUUUGUUCCAGCGCCGAUUUCGUCAUGAACGAUCCUGACCAAGCUUUAGGUUUCAUAAUGGCGGACGCGGGAUACGACGUCUGGUUGGGAAACACGCGAGGAAAUGUCUACAGUCGGCGUCACAUUCGCCUUUCUCCAAAACAGCCUGAGUUCUGGGAUUUCAGCUGGGACGAAUUCGCAAAAUACGACAUGCCAACAAUGUUACAGUACGUCAGGAAAAUUACAGGAGUGCCGAUUCUAGACUACAUAGGGCAUUCCAUGGGCACUACAAUCUUCUUCGUUAUGAUGAACUACCAUCCUCAUAUCAACAACUGGAUUCGCGUGAUGGUCGGCAUGGCGCCCGUCGCUUACAUGCACCACAAGCGCGCUCCCAUUUCUGCUUUCGCCCCCUUUGUGAAUAUCAUAGACCAUUUCCUUGAGGACAAAGGCUUCAACGAAAUCGCUCAAUCAACCACCGGAUUCUCAACCUUGGCUUCUGCUGCGUGCUCUCCCAAGUCUAUCGUCAGGUUCAUUUGCAGUCUAAUCCACUUCCUUAUCGACGGCCCAACCUCCGAUUAUGUUGAUAAGGACUACCUCCCGGUCAUCUUCGCGCACACUCCUGCCGGAACUUCCCGCCGGGUCGUGACGCAUUUUCUCCAGGUCAUUGCCUCAGAGAAAUUUCAAGCCUACGACCACGGGCGGACGAGGAACCUGAAGAUGUAUGGGUCGGUGGCUCCCCCCGUUUACUCGCUCGGGAAAAUCAAAGUACCCGUGGGGAUCUUUUGGUCCGAGAACGACUGGGUUGCCGAUCCGAGGGACGUCUACCAAACGGCGUCGGAGCUCCCCAACGUGACCCUGUACCAGCGUGUUCCGCCUCGGGACUUCAGCCACACCGACUUCCUGUGGGCGGAAAAUGCACGGUUGUUUGUGUACAACCCUCUGAUGGAAUUCCUCGAUAGUUACCAUUAACGGUGUCGAAGGAACCUGUGUUUUUUUGUUUUUU